AUGAAUAAAAAAAAGUUGCUCAUCUUCAUCGGGCUAAACCACAGCCUCUUGUAUUUCUGGACUUCACCUCUGACCAGCUGUCCACCUCGACUACCUCAAUUCAAACAACACUCAGAUGGACACCAUGAAGAGAUGAACAACUCGAUUGCUGAUGAAACAGUGGAGAAACCUGUACUUUUAUUAUGGGUCUGGCCUGAAAAUUACAGAUUUGAUCUUAAGGACUGUAAAACUCUUUACAAUAUUGACGGCUGUCACCUGACGGACGAUAGAGCUCUCUACAGCAGUUCAGACGCUGUGCUUGUUUAUCACCGGGGUAUUAGUUGGGACCUGUCCACCCUUCCACCAUCUCCUCGUCCCCCGUUCCAAAAGUGGAUCUGGCUUCAUUUAGAAUCGCCAACAAACACGCAGAAAAUUCCAGGGAUUGAAAACCUCUUUAAUCUGACUCUCAGUUAUAGAGAGGACGCUGACAUUCCUGUGCGGCUGAGACUGACCAGCAACAAAACUCCAAAUGAGGAUUUUACAAUUCCCAAAAAGGACAAACUGGUCUGUUGGAUCGUAAGUAACAAUGCUGCCCAUACAGGUGUCGGCAAGAGGAACACUUACUACAAUGAACUUAAAAAGUACAUCACUGUGCACAUGUUUGGAAGCGCUUAUGCUGGGAGACUAUCUGAUGAAGACUAUUAUCCCACCAUAGCCAGCUGCAAAUUUUAUCUGUCUUUUGAGAAUUCCAUCCACAAGGACUACAUCACGGAAAAGUUUAACGGACCUCUGUCAGCAGGUACUGUACCUGUGGUGCUGGGACCUCCCAGAAAGAACUAUGAGAGGUUUGCACCGCGUGACGCCUUCAUUCACGUGGACGACUUCCCAGACGCAAAGUCACUGGCAGAAUAUCUGACGCAGCUGGACAGAGAUGAAGAUGCGUAUCGCAGGUACUUUAACUGGAGGAGACAUUUCUCAGCACGACCUCAUUUAAUAUUACAGAAUCAAGAGUUUGUUCUGGCGAUUUGCACGGCCUGCGAUCAUGUAGCGAGACACAAGGAAUAUCAAGAAGCUCAUGAUAUCUAUGAAUGGUUUUUUAACUAAAGUCACCUCUCAGAUUUUGGUGGAUGAGAAAGUUACGUGAACUUUUAAGAGGAGAUGUCCCAUGUUUUCUUAAGGGAUUUCAUAUGCCUCGGGACUAAUCAAACAUUCACAUUUUUGCAGCAGAUUGUGUGUGUGUGCGUGUGUGUGUGUGUGUGUGUGUGUGUGUGUUCACAUUUGCAUAUUUUAUUAUUGGGCCAAAGUGUCUUCACCAUGAAAAAUAUAAGCAUGCAUGUUCAUUAUUCUUGGACAUGGCAUCUAUUUAUAAAAAGGGAGGAAGAAACACGACAUUACUGAAAGUCAGAUGGUUAAGGUGUGUAUAAGGUGUGUCAUACCAUUGUUUACCACAACCCUCAGCAAAGUCAACACGCAAAAUGUACACAUUAUUGAAACACAGCAUAUUAAUAAUGAACUUCUAUGAAUUAUUUUUGGCUCUAAAGCAGAGACAUGAGUUUAUACACUGUAAAAAAAAAAGAAUGUUAGCAACUGACAUUUCUGGGACACCACUGACUACCAUAGUAGGACAAAAUUCAAUGGUAUAGUCAAAGGUGCCCCAGAACUGAUUGCUAUCCUAAAUUCUUCAAAAUAUCUCAUUUUGUUUUCAACAGACAGGCAAUGAUGUCGCAGAAAUGUCAGUUGCUAACAUUUUUCCAAAUAUGUUUCUUGUUCAUCAGAACAAAGACAUUUAUACAGGUUUGGAACAACACCCUGACAGCCCAACCAACAAUAGCACAAAAGGGAAUAGAAUAUAUAGUAAAAACUAUCAGUAGUAGCAGCAGUAAUAGGUGUGUUUGUUUGUGUGUACCAACAGAUUUUUACCUUUUUACAUCUUUUAAAGUAAUUUAUUAUAUACAUUUGUGAAUUAAAGUAUGCUGAACUGUU